GAUUGGCUAUUGAAGGCGUCCGUUAGGACGUGUGGUUCUUUCAGUGUGCUCAGUGAGCGUGGGCGUCCCUGAGGGAGAGUGUGGCAGGGGGUUCUAAACCCGGCACCAGCACCCCUGCCCUUUCCAUCAGGGGUUGGGCUUAGGGUCGCCCCUGGUGGGCGGCUCUCGAGUCUUGAAUUAACAGCACGAGAAGCCCGACCGCCCCGGAGCUGCGGAGGUCCCCCUGGGCAGGCAGAAAGAUGGCGGCAGCGUCGGUCUCCGCGGCUUCUGGUUCUCAGUUCUCGAACACCUUAGGUGAAACAUCAAGGUCUAAUGGAAGUAUGGUUCGCCAUUCUUCAUCUCCAUAUGUAGUAUAUCCAUCCGAUAAGCCUUUCCUGAAUAGUGAUCUACGACGCUCCCCAAAUAAACCUACACUUGCCUAUCCGGAAAGCAACAGUAGAGCCAUAUUUUCUGCUCUGAAAAAUCUUCAAGAUAAGAUUCGACGCUUGGAACUUGAAAGGAUUCAGGCAGAAGAAAGUGUGAAAACCUUGUCUAAAGAAACAAUUGAAUAUAAGAAAGUACUAGAUGAACAGAUACAAGAAAGGGAGAAUUCAAAGAAUGAGGAAUCAAAGCACAAUCAAGAACUGACAUCUCAGUUGUUAGCUGCAGAAAAUAAGUGUAAUCUUUUAGAAAAACAGUUGGAGUACAUGCGAAAUAUGAUAAAACAUGCAGAAACAGAGAGGACGUCUGUCUUGGAGAAACAGGUUUCCUUAGAAAGAGAACGACAACAUGAUCAAACACAUGUUCAGAGCCAGCUUGAAAAACUGGAUCUUCUUGAACAAGAGUAUAAUAAACUUACCACAAUGCAGGCUCUUGCAGAAAAAAAAAUGCAAGAGUUGGAAGCAAAACUCCAUGAAGAAGAACAGGAAAGGAAACGUAUGCAAGCUAAGGCAGCUGAGUUGCAGACUGGUCUAGAAACAAAUAGACUUAUCUUUGACAAUAAGGCAACUCCAUAUGUUCCCACUGCAAGAAGAAUUAAAAAAAAGAAGUCAAAAUCACCAGAAAAGAAGAGUUCUAGGAACUAUUUGGGUACACAGCCACAUUAUAGAUUAUGCUUGGGUGAUAUGCCGUUUGUAGCUGGAAAGUCCACCUCUCCUAGCCAUGCCGUGGUAGCCAAUGUCCAGCAUGUCUUGCAUCUAAUGAAGCAACACAGUAAAGCUUUGUGCAAUGAUCGAGUAAUCAACAGUGUUCCUUUGGCAAAGCAAGUAUCUUCACGAGGUGGUAAAAGUAAGAAGUUGUCAGUAACACCUCCCUCCUCCAAUAGCAUUAAUGAGGAGUUGUCAGAAGUCCUGCAGACCUUACAGGAUGAAUUUGGGCAAAUGAGCUUUGAUCACCAGCAGCUUGCAAAACUUAUCCAGGAGUCGCCAACUGUUGAACUGAAAGAAAACUUAGAGUGUGAACUGGAGGCAUUAGUGGGAAGGAUGGAGGCAAAAGCCAAUCAAAUAACUAAAGUUCGAAAAUACCAAGCCCAGCUGGAGAAACAGAAGAUAGAGAAGCCGAAGAAGGAAUUAAAAGCUACCAAAAAGACUCUUGAUGAAGAAGGAAACAGCAGCAGCCGUUCUUCUGGAAUCACAGGGACCACAAAUAAGAAGGAUUGUGCCAAACUGAGACCUGGAGAAAAAAGCAGGAAAAAUCUUCAGUUAUUGAAGGACAUGCAGACCAUACAGAAUUCAUUACAAAGCAAUAGUUUGUGUUGGGAUUACUGAGUUGGACCAGGUCAUAAAUUUUAUUCAGAUAAUCUGUACCUCAUCAAUCAGAUGUUGACAAUUUACUCAUAUUCACUUAUGUUGGAAUUAAUUAGUAGCAGGUAUUAAGGAACCCAAGCUUCAUUACACUGGCAUUUUGUGUAUGUAACAUGACUAAAUGUUAAACCAUUUAAAUGGAAACCAGGGGAGUUUUUAAAGCCUGAGAAGCCACACAUAAUCUGUUUCUUUGAGAUGAAUUUGCUGUACUGAUCUAUUGCACUUUGUAAAGAAAUUACCAGUUUUUUACUUGUGGAUGUGAUUUUUUUUAAAUAGUUCUUUAUAUGUAAUAAAAUUAGGUUUAAAUUUUCAAAAUACGAGGCUAUCCCAAGGCAGUGUUUGCUGGAAAAGUCUCAUUUUUAAAUCUUCCCCUGGCAUGAAGUGCCCACUUCCCCUUUCCAAUACAACCAUUAAAUAUACUUUGUUUCUACUAUUGAUGGAGGUUUAUCAAUAUUUCUAUAUUCAAUGUGUUUUCCAUAUUUAAAUAUUUAUAUAUAUAUUUAAGAGGAUUUUUGGUUUUGUUUUGCUUUUUGGCAUUUCAAACAUUGAUCAGUAUUAAAUGCCUUAGUGUAUUGCUUUUUAAUCCACUGUUAAAAUUUUUUUUAAAGACCCAAGCAAUCAUUUUCAAUGAACUGCCUGUAAAAAUUAUGAAAGAAUUUUAGAAGUAUAAACAAAUUGUCAAUGAAACGAGAUUUUGAAGUCAAGUUAGAGUGGAAGAGAAAAUGGGGGGAUGUUGUAAGCAUAUAUACAGUCGCAGUUUUUAAGUAAUACCUGUUUAUAAUCAUGCUAUUCAGUCAAGGUAUUAUGGUUUUUAAUCUUGAAAUUUAGAGAACCCCUUUAAUAUUCGCUUUUACUUGUGUACAGUAUAAAUGUAAUAUAAACUGUACACAAUUGUCAUGUUAAUGUAAAUCAUAAUUUUUAGUAGAUCAAGAAAUGUUAACUUUUUAUAAAUUUGCCACUUAAGUCAAUAAAGCAGCUCUUUUAAGAAGCACUGAAAUUUUCUUUAACAGCCUGUUGUUAAAGGCUUUAUUUGAUGUAAACUCUCAAAAAAUACAUUUCUAAAUGGGACAUUAUUAAUGAUGAGAAACUAUAGUAUAUAUAGAAACUAUAGAAUGUAUAGUAUUUGGUACUUAAUUUCCCAUUCUUAUGCUUAUAUACCCAACAAAAUUGAAUUACCUCAUGAUUUGUAAGUGUGCUAAUGAACACAUUAGCCACAUAAUUAAAGGAAUGCCUUUUAUAUGCCUCUCCGGGAAUUGAUUGAGAUGGAGCUCUAGGAUUGUAUCCACACAGCCAGAAUGAAUUGUUGUGGCUACCUGAAUACUAAGCUUGUCAAGCCUUUCUACAGUUGAGAGUUCUUAAUUUAAGAUCCUUAAGUAGAUUUGGGGUUAUGUGUGAAUCUCCUAAAGUUAUAUGUAAACUUUUGCUAGUGUGUGCCAUUUUCUGAUGAGCAGGCUUGUACCUUGAUCAGAUUCACAACAGCGAGCCUUUAGACCUGAGGAAAGUGAGAAUCUCUGCUCUGGUGACAUGGUAAAUAUUUGUGUCUCAACCACUAUUUCAACUAUUAAACUUUUGUUAUCUCCUU